CGGCUGACAGGUUUUAUUGCCUUUGUCAUUUCAGCCGCAGUCCAUCCCAAUUCAUUCAUACGCACAAGAAGUAAAGAGACAGACUUGAUUGAUCAAGAGAGGAAGUCGCGUCGCUGCACAUUCACUCACAUACAGGGAGACAUCUAAGUUCCCGCACUUGAUUCUGCAUCCAAACAGUCAAAACAACCCCCCAUGCAUCAGGGCCAGCCAGCAAAGGCGAGCGACCAAAAGAUGCUGUUCCCCUCUCCCUCGCAGUCAGUCUAUCACUAAAGCAGUCAGUCUUCAUGUCUCUGUCUCCUCGACCGCGCACUUAGACAUCGAUGUCCUCGACCGCGCACCUAGACAUCGAUGUCAACAUAAUCGCCCCCACUCCCCGACGCCCCGCCACUCCCCGACGCCCCGCCAUCAUCAUCGUCAUCAUCGCUCUCCUCCGAUGCCUCAACAUCAAGAUCGUCGAAUGGCUCCGUCGCCAGCGGCUGAAAUCGCCCCUUGCCGUCGAUGUGGCCCAGCUGGCCCCAUUGAAAUUGGCAGUCCUGAUUGCCGAGGUGUGUGUUGAAGCCCUUCUCCACACCGGUCAGCUUAUGCUUGGCCACCUUGUCCAGCCGAGCACGAUGCACCACCUCACGCACACCCAGCCGGCGGUGCGGCCCGUCUUGCCGUCCUUCAUCUACAGCGAAGCACUGCAUGGGCGGCACGGCCACCUUGGCGCGCUUGGCCCCUUGAUCAUCCUCAGCUUCAUUCCGCUGCUGCACUGGCAGCGUCCCUCCGACCACCUCCCUGUUGCUGGUGGCACGCGUGACGGCCGAUGCGAUGAAGUGCCGCAUCGCUGCGUGCACUCGGCCGCCCAGCACACUGUGGGCUCGCAGGUUGACAGCCGAGAGGGAAGUGUACGCCGAGAGGGCGUCGUAGGCCUUGUCUUCAUCCCAGCACAGGGCGGAUAUGCGCCAGGCGAUGAAUGUCGCCUCCUGCGGCCCGAAUGCGAGAGGGUCGAGCUUCAGCAGGUGGGUGAGGAGGGCCGCAAAGCUGCGAUGAGGGCGUAGGGCGGCAUUGAUGGCCGACAUGACGUCGUUGGGCAGCUCAUUGAGCACCUUCACGUACUCGGCCAACACGACCUCGCUGCGUGCGGGCAGCCGAGAGAUGUCAGCACCAGCUCUCAGCAGCACCUGGAUGGUGCGCUUGUAGCAAGGAAUUGGGUUCAGGGCGUCGUCGUCCAGCUUACGAGCUGCAGCAGCAGUGUAGUUCUCCAGCUUACCAGCUGCAGCAGCGAGGGGGGUCCCGUGCUGCGUCUCCACGUUGAUGUCCGCAACGGCUAGACGGUAGCACAGAGCAUCAGCGAAACGGUGAGAGCCAGAAUCAGCCGCACAGUACAAUGGCGUCUGCCCAUUCUCGUCCUUCUCCGUGAUGUCCACUUGAUGGGUCUCCAUCAAAUUGAGGAAGAGGUCGAUGAAUCUCUGGAAGAAGGCGUUGUUGGUGCGGGCCGCCAAAUGCAGUACGUCGUCUUCUGUGGCGAGUGCAGAGUCACGGGUGACAUUUCGGUGAAAGGUUGCGAGCAGCCAGUCAUCGUAAGCCUUAGUCGGCUGGUCCGUCGGCAAUGUGCGCGGCACCGCCAGUGUCUCCCGACCAGUCAGCUCUAUGUAUCGGCCUAGCAGAAUGUUGAGAGCCCUGUCAUUGCCCGACGCGAUGGCCACAUGCAUGGGCGACAUCAGUGAGCUGACGCCGACCGGCCCUCUGGGGUCGGCCCCAAGCUCCAAGAGAGUGCGCAUAAUCUCCUCCUGGAGCUCGACGGUGGGCCACCUCGCCAAGCCGAUGGGAAAUUCAUCGACCUCAUCUUCAGCCUUGCCCCCCUUGGCCCAGAUGUUCGGCACAGUGUAGCUUGUCAUAUUAUCGAUGCAAAGUGCGAGAAGCGGGUAUCGGUAGCCCUCGUUCUGACUGCCCUUCAGCUCCAAGCACGGCCUCCGAUUGAGGUUGGCUCCAUGCUCGACCAGCUGCACCACUUCCUGCCCGCUUGUGAGAGUGCGAUGAAGAAUGCCCUCCCACAGCUGUCCAUUCUGUAGGGACCCUUCAUGGUAGAGAGAAGAAGAAAACCCCGACCGCCAGUACCGUAGGGAGGUGGUGGCUUGGCAGCGGGCCGGACUCCGCCAGUACAUGCCAACUUGCUUCGGUCGUACCCAAUGCUUGGGAAGAGCUACGGAGGAACUUGGGUCGGAAGAUGAUGAGCUCUCUGCCGCCAUCAUGAUGAUGCAUGUGGAAACCCACACUGACGAUCACAGAUAGUCACACUGACGUUGAUGCUUGUAUGCCUGCCACGUGCCCUGUCUGCCCCACCUGACUUCGUGUGACGAUGAACACGAUGCAAGCUCUGUGCCGCGCCCCGGCCACAGUACCGAACCAGCACCACCACAGAGGCCCCACACGGCUGUCUAUGCAACCGGAAAGGCUAGCGGAAAGGGGAAAGAAAAACGUACAAGAAACCGGAAUCGCGUGUGAGGUGGUCUCUUGUACAAUGCGUGUGCAUUGCUUACCAGCCACAGAAGCUGGAAGAAGCGCUCACGCGGACGGAGACGGCGCCAAGGACAAAAUGGCGGAAAAUGGGCCGUCGUUGAUUCAAUGAAUCAGCUCUCGGCCUCCCGACGAGGGGAAAGAGGAGGGGGACCGUUUCUCGACGGCCCUCAGGGGCCGGGAGG